GAAGAUGGGAGGACAUACUUCCUGAAGAUCCACGUUCCAUGGGAAGUGCUGGCAACAUAUGCAGAUGUUCUGAAAAUCAAAGUGCCUUUUAAAGCCAAUGAUAUUCCAGAUAAAAAAGACGUGCCCUUGAGCUGGCUCUGUACUCCCUACCGUCUGCCCGAGCAUGUGAUGCAGCCUGAGCCCGACUACUUCACCGCCACCUUUGACAAGAGCAAGACUGACUUCUUCCUCAUCGAGGAUAAAGAAACCUUCUUUCCUCCGUCCACACGGAACAGGAUUGUAUAUUACAUCCUUUCCCGAUGUCCAUACAGUAAAGAAGACAAGGAUAAGAAGGGCAUCAAGAGGCUGCUGAACAACGGGACCUACGCAGCUGCCUUCCCUUUGCAUGACUGUAGGUACUGGACCAGGUCUCGUGAUGCUAACUGUGAGAGCGAGCGCUAUUCCUUGUAUAAAUACUGGGCUCGUUUCAGCAGCUUUUACAAGGAGCAGCCACUCAACCUCAUACG